UGUCAACGAAGUCAUAGCAAUGCAGCCCCACUCGUAAAGUACAAUUUAUGAAUUUAUUCAUUCGCGAAGAACGAGUGACGUUCGGUUUUGUGCGGGUCGAAUAGUGAAUAAAAUUGAGGGAUCUUGCUUUUCGAUCGCUGUAGUGAACGCUGGCUUUACGUCGAAUGUGUUGUCAAACGUUUCGAGAUGAGUAGCGCUUGCUGUAUGGAAGUUCGGGGGUCGUUACGUGUUCGUAAUAGUAACUUUGUGGGAUCCGGUCCCUAUGAUUACGAUAAAGUGAGGGAGGUUCGAGCAUGUCCAAGUGUUAUGUCACCUGAGACCAAGAGGCUUUUGCCUCCAAACACGGAGACUGUUCAAACGAAACCAUUUCCAAUACGAGGGGAAAGAACAGAUUUCGUUAACAGUCCCCAUGUUAUUGCAAUGGUUGGAUUGCCAGCGCGUGGCAAAACGUACAUUUCCAAGAAACUGUCACGUUACCUGAACUGGAUAGGAAUAAAAACAAGAGUUUUUAAUUUGGGAGAAUACCGUAGACAUGCUACUACGGCAUACAAGAGUCAUGAUUUUUUUCGAGCUGAUAAUAUGGCAGCUAUGAAGAUAAGAACACAAUGCGCUGUCGAGGCUCUUAACGACGUUAUCAGAUGGUUAGAAAAUGGUGGAGAAGUAGCUGUCUUUGAUGCCACUAAUUCCACCCUAGACCGUAGGAAAAUGAUCUAUGAAGUUAUCGUUGAAAAAAUGGGCUAUAAGCUUUUCUUCGUCGAAUCGAUUUGCGACGAUCCAAAAAUCAUCGAACAAAACAUCAAAGAAGUCAAAAUCAGUAGUCCGGAUUAUGCUAACAUGAACGAGGACUCAGUGUUGACCGACUUUUUAAAACGGAUAGAACACUACCAAGAAAGAUAUCAACCUUUAGACGAAGAACGUGAAAAUAAAAUUGCCUUCAUGAAAAUUUAUAACACGGGUCAGAAGGUCGUCGUUCACAAGCACGAGGGACAUGUGGAAGCUAGAAUAGUUUAUUAUCUUAUGAACAUACAUAUAACUCCUAGGACAAUCUACCUUACUAGACAUGGUGAAAGUGAACAGAAUUUAAUGUAUCGUAUCGGAGGCGAUUCAAAUUUGAGCAGUCGGGGAGCACUUUAUGCAAAAGCGUUAUCCAGUUAUAUUAAAGAACAAAAAAUUGAAGGUCUUCGAGUGUGGACAUCUUGGCUGAAACGGGCGAUACAAACAGUUGCAGAUAUACCAGCUCCACAGGAAAGAUGGAAAGCACUCAAUGAAAUUGAUGCAGGAAUUUGCGAAGAGAUGACAUAUGAAGAGAUUCGUGAAAAAUUCCCCGAGGACUUUUCUGCACGUGAUCAGAACAAAUUCGCAUACAGAUACCCAAGAGGGGAAAGCUAUGAAGAUUUGGUGGCGAGAUUAGAACCGGUCAUAAUGGAAUUGGAAAGACAAGGAAAUGUGCUUGUUGUGUCACAUCAGGCGGUCAUUCGUUGUUUAUUGGCGUAUUUCCUUGACAAAUCGGCAGAAACUCAAAUUGUUGCAGAUGAAUUACCUUAUUUAAGAGUACCCUUGCACACUGUCAUCAAGCUAACGCCUGUUGCUUAUGGUUGUCACGUCGAGCAUAUAAAAUUGCCAAUUGAAGCUGUCGAUACUCAUCGUCCAAAACCUAUGGUAAGCCCUUUUCAUUUAUAUGCAUUUUCCUAAGUUUCUUUUUUACUAACUACUAACAUUUAAAAGGGAACCGGACGUACGAAAAUCAAGUGUUAAUAAUUGAGUCGUUUUCUGAAAUAUGUAGUUACUCAUAAUUUAAUUUUACUCAAUCUUUGAACCGAUUAAAUUUAACCAAUGUUAAUGAUUCAAUUGUAAUUACAAAAUAUUUGAUCAUAAUAAUACUUUCAAAAGAUAAGUAGGUAACUGAGUGUUUAGGAGAUUAUAUAUUCCGAAAUUAAUCACUAAACUUCUACGAACACAUUAUUUU